AUGUCUCUCAACAACUUCACCAACAACGUCCGCCGCCAGGAGAUCUUGGAGCGCCUUGGGAUCGAGCAGCUGCCACCGCUCAUGCCCGGAGAAGAGUACGCUCACGCCGAGCCGGAGAGAGGAGGCAGCGUUCCCAUGGUGAUGCUUCCGGUUCCCGGUAGGAAGUGCCCAGCUUGUCUUGCCAAGGGAGAGACUGUCUGGGUCAUUCCUGGAAAGUGCUGCCCUCAGUGCGGUACUCCCGUGAACUGA